AUGGACUGCGAAAAGAAGGGCGGAAAGCGCAAGCGCCGUGCUUGGAACGACGAGGACAAGCCACCGGCAAAGGCCACCGAGCCCGCGCCCCAGAAGAAGGUCAUCUCGAUGUUUGGGCAGUGGAAGACGUCCAACGUCAACCGGCGCAACACGCAGCGCGACUAG